AUGAUGGUGAUGUCGAGCCAAACGGCUCACUUCCCGAGUAAUGGUGGACAACAGCGACAGGCAGCACAGGUGCCUCGUGGGAGAUUGCUAAAUGGUAACGGUAGUUUUAGUGAGGGCAGAAGACCGAGAUCGUCGAAUCCGGUCGCUCCUGCUCACUCACCGUCUCCGCCAGCCAUGUUCGUCCGAGCUUUGUACAAUUACGCCGCCGAUGACCCGACAAGCUUGAGUUUUCACCAGGGCGAUGUUAUUCAAGUUCUUACACAGCUGGAGAGUGGCUGGUGGGAUGGUAUUGUCAAUGGACAACGUGGAUGGUUCCCGAGUAACUACUGUGCCUUGGUUCCUAAUAGCGACCUAAAUGGUGAUGAGAAUUCCGGUACCCAGCUUGAAGGAGCCGAUGAGGACGCCGAAGGCCAGGAUUACGAAGAUUAUGAAGAUACUGAAUCGGAUGAAUCCGACGGUGAUGGACAAGGAAGGGGCUCCCCACAAUUACCCCUGGAAGGACAGGAUCAUGAUGACGAGGCUGCUUUCUGGCUUCCCCAAGUGACCCCAGAUGGUCGCUUGUAUUACUUUAAUACUUUGACAGGGGCGUCAAGAACAGAGCUUCCUCUGGAAACCCCAAUCUCGUCAACGGAAUCCGGACCUCGACUUCGCACGGAGUUUGCCGCUCCUGACUCGACCCGUCCUCCUCCGGAGCUUAUGGCUGCCGGGUUGACUACCGACGAGGCUACAAAUGGAGUAGAUCACGAUGAUGGCGCUGAUAACGAAUCCCAGGGGGACGGAGAAAUGCUCAUGUUUGCUGUUCACAGCCCGGUCAGGGAAACGAAUAAUGCAACCACGCCAGACCGGACAUCUGCACAGUCUGGCAAGGCUAAUGGCCAGCGUGCGGGUGAUGAGCCCAUUUUGAACCGAGAGCUUUUUGGUGGAAAUACUGCUGGUUAUGAUAUUAACGCAGAGAACGAGGAUGCGAAAUUAGACACUGUCACUUUCCAUGACGACAUUCUCCCAAUCCCAGCGUCCUGGGACGCUCUUAUCGAGGAAACGCAACAUGCCAUCGCAAGAUACCGCCAGGCGAUCAUGCAAAGGCAACGUAUGCAAUAUGUUUCACGAGCGGAAGAUAUUUCCGACAUGCUUCGCCUGAUUAUCGGUGCUGGCUCUUCGACAACCGACAACCAUUCUGGACAGCCGACAAUUAUUUCUUCGAAUAAGGCCUUGCAUCCACAUUUCCGGCAUUUCAUGGCCGCUUUCUCAAAACUGGUUCUGUCGUCCCAUGUUGCUAGCACGGAUUGGCCACCAGCUGAUGCUGAGGCUAAGUGCCUUGCUGAGGCUGAUGAGGUGAUGACUGGUGUCCUCGAAUUUGCUAAGGUCGCACGUGCCCAGAAGGAUGAUGUUGUUCCACGACUGGGCCCUGGAUUCGUUGUUGGAAGUCAUAUUGGAGGUAGUUGGUUUAGCAAUGGCCUUGGCAACCCGAACUCUAAGCAAUCUGUUAUUUUCGGAGAACGUGAUAGUCUCAGCGUCGCAACCACUCCGAUUGACAGCCAAUUGGUAGAGAGUCUGAGAGGUUUGCAAGCAGUCGUUGUUCCGGGUCUUAGGACUCUGGAAGAUGCUCUGGAGACACCUGGGCCGGUUACGACGGUUCACCAACAAAACGUUGUCGGUGCGUUUGUAAUCCACGCCGCGCAGACCUCUAUGGAAUCUAUGCGUGCUUAUUUCCAUUUCCUGGAGAGUAUCAAUCUUGCCCCUCUUGCCUCCGGGGGUCGAAGCCCAACUCUGUUGGAUUUCGCAAUCACCAAACAGCGCUUGUAUGACUCUUUUGCCGACUUGUUCAUGGCCGUCCAAUAUGUCACAGCCGAGCUUGCAGAUGAGUGGACAAGUUUCCAAGGCCUACCGCUUGAAGAUAGACUUUCGGAGGUCCGUUCAUAUAUCAGGGAGAUUCAGCAAGGGAUCCAGAGUCUUGUGUUCACGGCCGAGCAUCUGGUUGAAGAAUUCAACGAAAGAGCGGCCAAGGCACCAACAGAGGAUGGGCACAAGCCAUCACAAUCUAGUCCUUCCACUGCGAAAGCUGCUAAUGGUGGUAAGACCCCGGUCCAGGCGAUUCCCACCCGGGGACGUGCUGGAUCAACUGUUGGUGGACCUCUCAUUCUCCAGAACUCGGAUAAAAUCCGACGUAUCCUGGGUGAUACGCCACUGGAAAAGGGUGUGCCAGCCAAGGAAGAGCCUUCCCCUCAAGAAAAAGUACCAGAACCAGACCCAUGGUUCCUCGCUCCUGAAGUCGAGGAUGAAAACGAAAUACAGUACGCCGAUAAAGAGAAGGCCACCAUUCGAGGUGGUAAGCUCGAGUUGCUCGUCGUCAACCUCACAAGACACGAUUCUUUGGAUGCCGAUUUCAACAAUACUUUCCUUCUCACCUACAAGUCAUUCACCACUGCUAGCCACUUGUUCGAUCUCCUCACAGAUCGCUUCAAUAUCCAGCCACCUAAUAAUCUCAAUACUGCGGAAUAUAAACUAUGGGCAGAACGUAAGCAGAAGCCUAUCAGACUGCGUGUUCUUAACAUCCUGAAGUCGUGGUUUGAAAACUUCUGGAUGGAACCUAGAGGCGAGGCGGAGACGGAAAUAUUACAGCGUGUUCUCGAUUUCGCGACGGCUGUGAUGGCGCCCUCAUUCCCUGGAGCUAACGUGUUGAAGAAACUCGUUGAGAUGCGCAUUCAAGGCCGUGAUCCGGCAUUCGAGAGGGUCAUGAUCCGGACAGAUGGUGCCAAGCCUGCCCCGAUUUACCCUAAGAACAUGCGAAAGCUGAAGUUCUUAGAUAUUGAUCCAUUGGAGUUUGCUCGUCAAUUGACUAUCAUUGAAUCCAAGGCUUAUACCAAGAUCAAAGCAACCGAGUGCUUGGGCAAGGCAUGGAGCAAACCUGCUCCUUCAGACUCGAGCCCGGAUCCGGCGGAAAACGUUAAGGCCAUGAUUUUGAAUUCUAAUCAACUCACUAAUUGGGUUGCGGAGAUGAUCUUGAACCAGCCUGAAGUGAAAAAACGUGUCGUUGUCAUCAAACAUUUUAUUUCGGUGGCUGAGAAAUGUCGGUACCUCAACAAUUUCUCAACAUUGACUGCCAUCAUCUCGGCUCUGUCAACCUCUCCGAUUCACAGAUUGAAGAGAACUUGGGAACAGGUACCAACUCGUACGAUUGGUAUCUUGGAAAGCAUGCGUACUCUUAUGGGCACAACAAGAAAUUUUGGUGACUAUCGUGAAAUGCUUCACCUUGUCAAUCCGCCUUGUGUACCUUUCUUGGGUGUUUAUCUUACCGAUCUUACCUUCAUCGAAGACGGUAAUCCGGAUCUCAUCAAGAGUACUGAUCUUAUCAACUUUGCCAAGAGAGCGAAGACUGCUGAGGUUAUCCGAGAAAUCCAGCAGUAUCAGUCUGUACCAUACGCUUUGGAGGCUGUAAAGCCACUGCAAGAGUAUAUUCUAUCUAAUAUGCAAGCCGCCAAAGAUGUACACGAGAUGUACGAGGUUUCCAUCCAGAUAGAGCCAAGAGAACGGGAGGACGAGAAAAUCGCACGAUUACUCCAGGAGUCUGGAUUCCUCUAG